AUGUCUCGUAAGAAAACCGCCAAAGGCAAAGCGAACAGCUCGUCCACUGGAAGCCCCAGCGGGAAAAGCUCCGGGAAAAAGGGUUGCCCAGGAAUUGCGCCACUUAACGGGGUGGUCCACCCCAGUAGACCCCCCAUCAGCAACAGCAGCGAGUUUUACGACAUUGCUUUUAAGGUGAUGCUGGUGGGAGACUCUGGUGUGGGGAAGACUUGUUUCCUUGUGCGGUUUAAAGACGGAGCGUUUCUGGCCGGGAGCUUCAUUUCCACUGUAGGAAUUGACUUCAGAAAUAAAGUCAUGAAUAUUGAUGGAGUCAAAGUCAAGCUUCAGAUCUGGGACACCGCCGGACAGGAGCGCUUCCGUAGUGUCACUCAUGCUUAUUACCGCGACGCUCACGCUUUGCUCUUGUUGUACGAUGUCACCAACCGAGCUUCCUUCGACAACAUACAAGCCUGGCUGAGUGAGAUACAUGAGUAUGCACAAGAAGAUGCUGUGCUCAUGCUGCUGGGAAACAAGGCUGAUUCCACACAUGAGAGAGUGGUGAAGAGAGAAGAUGGUGAGAGACUCGCUAAGGAGUUUGGAGUCCCCUUCAUGGAGACCAGUGCCAGGUCUGGUCUAAACGUGGAGCUGGCGUUCACUGCUGUGGCAAAAGAGCUGAAACACCGGACAAUGAAGGAUCCCAGCGAGACUUUCAAGCUCCAGGAAUACGUCAGCAAAGAGAUGAAGGGCGCGGGCUGCUGCUAG